ACCACCUAUAUAAUCCCCAUUUCUCAAAUUUCAACCUCCCCAGAUCUCCCUACGCAACCACCAUCAGCCUCAAAGACUCAAACUUACCACACAUAUCUGUACACAAAUUCAAUGUCAGACCCAAAAGCAAAACCCAGAAUAGUGUGCUGCAUCGGCGACACCCAUGGCUUCCACACCAAGCUCCAAAACCUCUGGUCCAAUCUCCAAUCCGCCAUCGACCCAUCAGAUUUCUCCACCGCCCUCAUCAUUUUCCUCGGCGAUUACUGCGACCGCGGCCUGGACACCAAAAAAGUCAUCGACUUUCUCGUCUCCCUGCCCUCCAGGUACCCGAAUCAGAAGCACGUCUUCCUCACCGGCAACCACGACCUGGCCUUCGCCGCCUUCGUGGGCGUCCUGCCGCCGCCUCCUGACGGGUCGGAGUUUUCCGAGGGGUGGAAGGAGUAUGCGGAUAGCGAGGAUAGAGAAGGGUGGUUUAAGGGAGAUGGGUACGAGAGGAUGCACUUGCAGGGGAGGAGAUGGGGUGGCAAGAUCAAGGCUAAGUUUAAUGCGGCUAAAGGGACAGAGUACAAAGGGUCAAUUUAUGAUGCUGGGCCCACAUUUGAAUCCUAUGGGGUCCCACAUGGUUCUGCUGAUUUGGUUAAGGCAGUUCCUGAUGAACACAAGAAGUUUCUUGCUGAUAUGGUUUGGGUCCAUGAAGAGGAUGAUGUCUGCAUAGAGACUGCAGAUGGAAUCAAACACUGUAGAUUGAUUGCUGUCCAUGCUGGUUUAGAGAAAGAUAAAGAUGUCAAACAGCAGUUGGCGUUUUUGCGAGCCAGAGACACCCGGGUGCCUAAGAUACAGGCUCUGAGUGGGAGGAAGAAUGUAUGGGAUAUACCAAAGGAACUGACAGAGAAACCAACUGUUGUUGUAAGCGGUCAUCACGGGAAACUUAACAUUGAAGGCCUCAGACUGAUCAUCGAUGAAGGCGGUGGUAUGGCGGAAAGACCAGUGGCUGCAGUUGUGCUCCCCUCUGUGAAAAUAGUCCGGGAUACAGAUGCGUUGACCAACUAGAAACUGUGUUACAAUUGAUAAGCAUAGGUUUAUAGCUUUUACUAUCUGUGCGCAAGUUUGUAAACUAGAAACUAUGUUGCUUAAAAGACAAUGGCAACGCAUAUCAUACAUGAAUUUACAAUUGAAUGACUCAUUGUCAAUUUGGCGCUUCAAUUA